AUGCUCGCCCGCCCCAGCGCCUACCGCGCAGCUUCGGGCUUUAUAGCCUCCAUAGCUGGCCCGUCUCGUCAGCCGAUCAACCCACACUUCCUGCCUUGCUUCCAAUUUCGAUCCGCGUCGACCGCCCCUCCUCCCCCUUCUCGAUCUGCACCAAGAUCACGCCCAGCCCCUGCUACGCCCGCAACGCCCGCAACCCCCUUCGCUCCACGUCCCAUCGCCAAGCUAUCACCAUCAUCACCUACUGUCGCAGCUACAACAGCGACGCCCUCGCGUCAGCCCGCCUGGCCAUGGCGCCCCUCCCCUAACCCUCCGGCGGGGUACACCGAGUCAGAACGGACGAUCUACGCGCGGCCAUUCGAGGGGCCUCUAGGCAAUAGAGUCCGGAUGCUGUGGUUCCUCGUUCCGUUCUGGGGACUUGUGGUUGGUUUUUACCUGACCACACCGUCCCCGCCGCCAACAGUGAAAGAGGGCGAAGAUGGUGUUGAAGUCGUAAAGGAGACCCCAGGCUCUGUGUUAUGGAACUACACAACCCCAGUAUUGAUGUUCACCACAUCGACCAUCUGCUUCUUGUGGCUCGUAUCCCCUUCUCGGUUCGUCACCCGCCUCACACAGGUCCGGCGGCAAGCUAUCGCCUCGGCUUCCAGCUCUGCCUCGGCACCCAUCACGGCUGGUACGCUUGCUGCUCCUAUCGCAGAAGUAUCGGCGCCAAAGUCAGGGAAGGCGGUGAGGCAGGGCGAGUUCAUCCGGAUGCAACACGGUGGACACCUGAUGUGCUGGGGCGAGAUGGAGAAGGGCCGGGAGGUAGCUAUGGGGGAUAUGCAGAUCUCGUUGAUCGCUGGACAAGUCCGAUCACCAUACCUCUCCCUCCGCGUCAGGCCGACCAAGAAGGUCUCAUUCGACUCUGUCGCGUACCGACUCGAUUUUAGGGAUACGCCAGUCGUCAAGGCGACAGAGGACGAGGUGGUCUUGUCACUCAGCAGGAUAGAGAGUGUAUUCGGAAAGCUGGAAUAG